AUGAAUUUGGUGUUUGUUAUACUUCCAUUAUUUGCUAAUUUGGCAUUUGGCCAAAUAAGCUAUUCACAGAACUCCGGAAUCAUUUAUUCUACAAACUAUCCACAGAGUUACGAGAAUAAUGAAAAUCUGGAAAUCACAAUUUCGGUCCAAAAUGGAAAUUACAUUCACCUUUCAUUUCUCGAUUUUUUAACUGAAGAUCCUUAUGAUUCUCUUGAAGUGUUCACUGGAAUCGGAGAAAACAAAGUUUCUCUCAAAACAUAUUCUGGUGAACAAACAGGAGAGUAUUUGGAUAUCCUUGAUACAAAAGCCACGUUAAUAUUCAAAACUGACUUAACGACGGUUUAUCGAGGAUUCGCCAUUCAAUACGACAGUGUUGCUGAAGGCACCAUUUAUACACCAGAAAAUUCGUGUCCAAGUCCAGUACACAAUCAACAGUUUGGAAUAGUGUUAUCGCCGAAUUUUCCGAUGAAUUAUCCGAAUAAUAUAUCGUGCUCUUAUCUCCUGCUAGCCGAAAAAGAUCAUGUGAUUUCACUGGAAUUUGUUGCCUUCAAUACUGAAAACGGAUAUGAUGUCGUGUACAUCUAUGACGGUUCCAAUACCUCAUAUCCGCUAAUUGGCAGCUUUUCGGGAACCAAUCGUCCACCUUCAGUCACGUCCACGGGACCAUCAAUUUUCAUUUUCUUCAAAACGGAUUUAACAACGAGUUAUUCGGGAUUUUCAGCGUUGUACACCUCGAAUAUAUCGAGCCAAAAUUUUAGAAAAGGAGUCCUUCCACAGGCAUGA